ACAUUAUAAUACUGGAAAAGAAAAUGUGAUUCUCGAUGUGACUAUACCAAACCACCUUUGUCUCUGUCCUUCUCCUUCAAACCUCCCUCUCCAAAGUCUAACCCCAACUUCCCCUCCCCCUUCCUCCUUCUCUGUCUACACUUGGCCGGACCCAAACCAUAUCUCUUCCCUUACAUUUCAGAAUGGGCAGCCCAUUCAAAGACCACCACACCCUCCAUCCCUCUCUUGUUAGGAAGCUCAUUCCAUGGACCUUCUAUGCUAUGGUCCCUUUAGUUCUCUUUCGCGUGUAUUUAUACCCUUACCCCCUCCACCACACCACCACAACCAUUCUCACCUCCUCCCCUGUUUCUCCUCCCCCUGCUUUAUUAGAAGAUGAAACUUCUUGUGACUACACCGAUGGCAAUUGGGUACCUGAUAGGAGGGAUCCUUUGUAUAACGGUUCAACCUGCGGUACAAUCAAGGAAGGCCAGAGUUGCAUUGCCCAUGGCAGGCCGGACAUGGGUUAUCUCUACUGGAGAUGGAAACCGAAGCAAUGUAAGCUUCCAAGGUUUGAACCCAACACAUUUCUCCAACUCCUUAGAAACAAACAUUUAGCUUUUGUCGGUGACUCUAUGGCUAGAAACCAAUUGGAGUCACUUCUUUGCAUGCUAUCCUCUGUCUCUCCCCCUAAUCUUGUUUAUCGAGAUGGUGAAGAAAACAAGUUUCGUAGAUGGUAUUUUGAGUCUCACAAUUUCAGCAUCUCAGUCUAUUGGUCACCGUUUCUUGUUAGAGGCGUGGAAAAAUCCAAUACUGGUCUCAACCAUAACCAGCUGUUUUUGGAUCACGUUGAUGAGAGAUGGGCUGCUGACAUGAAUGGAAUUGACAUGGUUGUGUUAUCAAUUGGGCAUUGGUUCUUACAUCCAGCAGUAUAUUAUGAAGGUGAUCAAGUACUAGGUUGUCAUUACUGCCCUGAUCUUAAUCACACUGAGAUUGGAUUUUAUGAUAUCUUGAGGAAGGCUAUAAAGACCACACUUAAGGCUCUAGUUGACAGGAAAGGGCCUAAUGCCAAUGGUUUUGAUGCACUCGUGACUACUUUUUCACCAGCCCAUUUCGAAGGUGAUUGGGAUAAGUUAGGUGCUUGUCCAAAAACCGAGCCUUAUAAGGAGGGAGAGAAAACACUUGAAGGGAUGGAUGCGGAGAUGAGACAAGUCGAGGUUGAAGAAGUGGAAGCUGCGAAAAUGAAUUCUGUGCAGCUUGAAAAGUUCAGAUUAGAGGCACUCGAUGUUUCCAAGUUGUCAUUGAUGAGGCCAGAUGGUCACCCAGGUCCAUAUAUGCAUCCAUUUCCAUUUGCUUACGGUGUAGCUGAGCGUGUGCAAAACGAUUGUGUGCAUUGGUGCUUGCCAGGGCCUAUAGAUACUUGGAAUGAGAUUUUACUCGAGGUGAUAAAGAAGUGGGAGUACGAAUCAAGAAGAGAACAGUGAGUCGUGAUCACUGGGCUUUUUUCUGUGCUAGAAUGUUAAUUUUGAUCCAUUUGGAUGUUGGUUAAUUUCUCUUGAGAAGGGACCAAAGUAAAAGAGACAAAUCCAGAAGAGUUGAGUAAAUGAUGCCAACUUCAAUGAUCGUUUUGGAGUUAUACUUUUGUCUGUCUAAACUGUACAAACGAUAUCAAUGGAAAAUCAUGGCCCUGGUCUAAACAAUUUGCAACCUUCCAUUGAAGAAUUUGUGUGGAUGUAGGUAUGGAUAUUGGCUAAAACUCCUUUAGUGUUAAAUCUUUUUUUUU